AUGAAAAAGAAUAGGAGAGAAUUUAGCAACGAAAUAUAUCUAUUAUGUACUAGAUGUGUCUGCUAUGACUCCACUUCUAAUUUUUCAUGCAACAUUCGCUUCUCCAAUGUAUUGAGCGAAUUAUUAGUAUACAUUUUGAAUUUCUCACUCAGUCGAGCGUUUCCCCGACAUGCAGCAAUAGUUCUGAUAACAGUCAAACAAUCCCGAUUAAAUCAGCAUAAGGGACGGGGUAUGACAACUCCACGAUCUGUACUCCAGAUUAUGACAAGCCCAGAGUUAAUACUGUACACUCUGUCUCACCUGUGA